AUGACCAAGAUCUUUCUCCACUUUGUUGCUUUGCAUCCAGACUUCACCUACUCUGCCUUAGUCCGCAGCCCAGAAAAAGCAGAGCAAGUGAAAGCCAAGUACCCAAAUAUCCGCAUUGUGCUCGGUGAUUUCGAUGAUUCCGCUCUUCUCGAGAAGGAGAGCGCAGCGGCCGACAUUGCGCUGCACGCAGCAGAUGCUUCAGACCAUGUGGGUGCAGCAAAAGCAAUUGCCACCGGACUUAUCGCAGGCCACACAAAAGAAAACCCCGGAUAUUGGCUACACACAGGAGGAACCGGAAUCUUAACAUUCGAAGACAGCGACAGCGGGGUAUAUGGGAAUAAGAGCGACAAAGUCUACGAUGAUUGGAACGGAGUUGAUGAAUUGCUUACACUCCCAGAACAUGCAUUCCAUCGCAAUGUAGACCAGUUUGUGCUGGAAACUGCUGCAAAACAUGCAGAUGUGCUUAAAACCGCUUUAGUUUGCCCACCGACGAUCUACGGUCGAGGUCGGGGCCCGUGUUCACAGCGUGGUCGACAGGUGUAUGAGUUGGCGAAGGUAACACUUCAGUUGAAGAAAGGACCGCUUAUCGGUGCUGGCCAGUCGAUCUGGAACAAUGUUCAUAUCCAUGAUCUGAGUGACGUCUAUGCGCUGCUUGUUGAUGCGGCGAUUGCAGGCCGGACUGAUGAUGGGCUCUGGGGUCCUAGAGCUUACUAUCUUACAGAGAACGGGGAGCACGUUUGGGGAGAGCUAUCCAAGUCAACAGCAGAAGCAGCCACAAAACUGGGGUACUUGUCAGAAGCCACAGCUGAGCCAAUCGAUUUGGAAAGCGCACAGAAAUAUGCCGGCUUUGAGUCGUUGAGUUGGGGAAUGAAUUCUCGUGGACGUGCUUAUCGCGCGCGUGAAAUUUUAGGCUGGAAUCCCUCGCGACCUGGUCUAUUGGAUGAACUGCCGAAAAUUGUUCAGUCUGAGUGA